AUGGCAGGAAUAGUAGCUCUAGAAGACAGGUGGCAAGAAGCCUUCACCUGGCAGUUGCGGGUGGAUGAGGCAGAGGAAAAAGCUGCCCGUCUAGAGCUGGAUUUAGAGAUAAUGAGGGCACAGAAGGAACAAGCCGAGGCAAAGGUGGCCGCCUUAGAGUUGCGGGUACAACCCGGGAAGAAAGAAGGCGGUUCCAAAGAAAUAAGGCGCCUGAUGGCAUCAGGAGCAGAAAAGACUCGAGCAUUAGAACGGCUCGUGGCAGAGGAGGCCAAAAAGAGCAGGCAGCGAGAGGAGCAGCUGCGAGAGAUGCAGGAGGAGUUGGCUGAAUGGAGGAGGAAGUCCCCAGAGCCUGAUAGGAACCAAACAGGAGAACAAAAGGAGGUAAUGCAAAAGCUUGAAAUAUCUAAAAGCCUUAUAGCAACCCUCCAGAAAGAAGUCUAUAGCCAGGUAGAACAGAUAGAAAGCCUGGAGGAGAGCCGGGGGCUCUGGCAAGAGAGGUGCGACCAGGCAGAACGCAUAGCUGAAGAGCUUAGAAAGAAGCUGGCAGAGGAUCAUACACGGGUAGAAGAAACCAGGAAGGUGAUAAUAAGAGAGAUGGAGAGAGUGAAAGAAUAUACGGCCAGUCAGGAGGCUUUAGAAGCACAGAAGUAG